CGAAAUAGGGGAAGUGCUUGAAAGAAUUCAGAUCAUCCGACGAGAACUGGAAGCCGUGACACAAUAUUCAUUCUUCUCUUGCAUGGGAGAAUAAAUCCCGUCCCCCACCACAAUUCCCGAUACUGGACAAAAAUGUUUUUGGUGGGAUUGACAGGUGGCAUUGCAUCAGGGAAAAGUACAGUAGUAGCUCUGUUGCAGGAACUGGGUUGUGCUGUUAUUGAUGCUGAUGUUAUAGCUCGGCAAGUGGUCCAGCCAUACUUCCAGGCAUAUCGACGUAUUGUGCAUUCCUUCGGUCCAGAAAUCCUUUUGGAGAAUGGUGAGAUCAACCGUGAAGCUUUAGGAAAUAUCAUUUUUUCCCAACCAGAAAAACGUCAACUGCUAAACUCCAUCACUCAUCCCGAGAUCCAGAAGAAGAUGCUAAAAGAGAUCUUGAAAUACUUUGUCUUGGGCUAUCGAUAUGUGAUUCUGGAUAUUCCGCUCCUCUUCGAGAGCAAAAUGCUGACCAGAUUCAUGAAGCACACUGUUGUUGUGUAUUGUGACCCACAAGCCCAGCUGUCUCGCUUGAUGCACAGGAAUGGGCUGACUCAGACAGAGGCAGAAGCACGCAUUUUUGCCCAGAUGCCCCUUGCUCAGAAGGUCAAGUUGGCUGACCAUAUCAUUGAUAACUCAGGAGAUGCUGAGGCCACCAAGAAGCAGGUUCUGAAAUUACACACAGAGUUGGAAAACUCCUUGGAAUACCUUAUGGUGCGCUUAUUGGUUAUAGGAGCAACAGUGGGAGUGGGAGGCCUCAUGUACUUUCUAGUGCAGCAGUUUGUGCGAUAGACUGUUCUUUCAUUAUCAAAGAGGGCAGACGAAAUCCAGACCUUUAAUUUAGAUUGCUUUGCAUUUAUGCAUAAAACAUUGAUAAUGGGACAAAAAGGGAUUUUAGUGGGGACUUGGAUUAUUAAGUGGACUGCUGGGUUAGGGGUGGUGAUUGGGGAACAUUACAUUAAUUUAAUAAGGAAAGAAUUUAAGUGUUGUUCUCAUAUUAGUUUUUUGGAAUGAGAAUAACUACAAGGUUUUUUUUAAAAAAAACUUAUUGUUGGAUGAGAUCUGCUAUUAACCAUCUCUUAGAAACAUUUACUGUACUUUUUUGGCUCCUUUAAAGAUAGCAAUAGCAUUUAGACUUAUAUACUGCUUCACAGUGGUUUACAGAGUCAGCAUGUUGCCCCCAACAAUCUGGGUCCUCAUGUAAAUCAACAUCCAUUAUUACUUCUGUUAGGAAUGGGUGAGCAGUAAACAUAACCAAAAGGAAUCAGAUCUGUAGCUGUUCACUAAGACAUUAUGCUGCUUCAUAUUGUGCAAUGUUUUUUUUAUUAAAAUGAAUAAUUGAACUUAGUGUUACAUAACCAGCUUAUCUUCAAACUAUCAGUCUAAGAUUGAGUAUGAGAGAAUGUAAUGUAAUGCUAUAAUGUACUGAUAAUGUAGUAAGUUUCAGAGAAUCAGAGAAUCUUGACUACUUCGUGUGUCUGCAAAGGUUUUGAGAAAGUCACAAGAUUUCUGUAGGUAUUAUAGAAAUGCAGAGAAACACUGCAAAGUCCACUUUUGAAACACAACUCAGGUUGAAACAUACUCCUAUAAUCUUAUAGUUAGAGAGCUUUGGAACAUGCCUAAGAUACUCUUAAGGUUGUAUAUUAUUAUCUUAUUCUACUGCACCAAAAAGAGUUGGAAGUGAAUUCUUUUCUUUUUCUUAUCCUUUUUUCCUCUUUCCCUUCUUCCCUUUUUCCCCGUUACUCUAAUUUUUCUUUGUAUUUCUGUAUUUUAUAUUUUAAUAAACACUAACCAUGAUGGCCAAUAACUGAUUGCAAUCAGAUUGUUGCUCAGUUACAUUGCAAUCUUAAUGUAAGAUUGUUGUUCAUGUAAAGUUGCUACUGUUGCUGAUAUAUAAAGAAAUUAUAGAUCAUAUUAAUACAUUCAUUAUUUUGUAAUAAUCUAAUCGAAAUGUAUAGAAAUUGUGCAGGAAAAUAAAGUUGAAAUGAGGUUCAGCUCCUGACAAGCCUAGUUUUGCAUUCCAGUGUGAAUGUUAGAAGGUCCUUGUUCCAUAACUAUAAGCAAUGUGCAUAUAUCAAGAAGUUAAUCAUGGCUUGCAGGCAAUGUGUUCAAUAAAUUCAAGUACGGUCACUUUAUUUUAUUUCAGAACUGUAUGGUUCUGUGAAAGGAGAUAUUAGUAUAGUAAAUGCUUCAUUCAUAUUCUUGAAAGGGUUAAAUGUAGUCAAUUCAUUUAUAAAUUUGGGCUUAUUUUCUUACACACUCCAGUUAUUCAUCUUUGAUACAAGUGGAGUUUCACAGCUGCAUCCGCAAAUGUGAAAUUGUAAGGUAACUGGACUCUCUUUUAGAACCAAGAAAUGUGAGGUUUUAACAGUGCUGCUCAUAGGACUCAAAAUACUAAGCUACAGAGAAUGUGUUGGUGUAGUCACACUUUUUUCACAAAUAACAAAUCUCUGUUUGCCAUGUUAGCAGGCGCCAAGUAUAAUUCUGUUUUCCUUAAGAGUAUAUAUAUAUAGUAUGUUUCAUAGCGGUAUGUAUGUCCCGGCUUUUGACUACAGUUCAUUUUCAAUUGUGUACUUCAGGCAAAUAUUAUUUGUACUACUGAUUUUUCUGCAUUCCUGUCAAAGGGCCGGUUUAGCUCACGCUGGUAAAGCCUGUUAUUAAGAACACAGUAGCCUGCAAUUACUGCAGGUUCGAGCCCGGCCCAAGGUUGACUCAGCCUUCCAUCCUUUAUAAGGUAGGUAAAAUGAGGACCCAGAUUGUUGGGGGGGCAAUAAGUUGACUUUGUAAAAAUAUACAAAUAGAAUGAGACUAUUGCCUUAUACACUGUAAGCCGCCCUGAGUCUUCGGAGAAGGGCGGGAUAUAAAUGUAAACAACAAAAAAAAAAAGUAAAAGCUGAAGGAAGGGGUAAAUAACAAACAGGUGGAACAAAAAUCUUACACCUGAAUACUAUAGGUUUGGAGGAUUUCCCAAGGCACAAGGAAGCCAAAGGACAGAGAGCUUCUCCUCCCACCCACCCCCAGACAAUCUAGGAAAAGAUGCAGAAUGAAUCAUGGAUUGAAAAAAGGGAAUUUGUAUAAAGAAAAGCACAGGUAGUCCUCUGCUUGUGACCAAAACAAAGCCCAAUAUUUCUGCUGCUAAACGAGACAGUUAAGUGAAUUUUAUUCCAUUUUAUGACCUUUCUUGCCACAGUUAUUGAAUGAAUCACUGCCGUUGUUAAGUUAGUAACACAGUUGUGAAGUGAAUCUGCGUUCCCCAUUGACUUUGCUUGUCAGAAGGUCACAAAAGGUGGUCACGUGACCCCAGGACACUGCGACCAUCAUAUAUAAGUGUCAGUUGCUAAGGAUUUGAAUUUUGAUCACAUGACCACGGGAAUGCUGCAACCAUUGUAAGUGGAAAAAAUGGUCAUAAGUCACUUUUUUCAGUGCUGUUGUAACUUCGAAUGGUCUCUGAAUGAACUGUUGUAAGUUGAGGCCUACCUGUAGAAAAAAAGUAAGGAGACUAAAUAGAAUAGAAUACUUUAUUUGGCCAAGUGUGAUUAGACAGACAAGGAAUUUGUUUUUGAUGCAGAAGUUCUCAGUAUACAUGCAAAACAACAGAGUAAUAAUAAUCAUAUUAAUGGUAUCAAUAAGAGAAGGUAGAGAAGACAAGAAAGAUAAUUAUAAUAAUGCAGCCCUUCUCCAUGGAUAAAUGUCCUUCGACAUAAGCCAGGACUGUGGGAAUUAGUGUUUAGCAGAAUGAUGGCACGGGGGGGGGGGCGGGGAACUGUCCCUGUGUUUAAUUGUUUUGGCAUUCAAUGCUCUAUAGCAGCAUCCCAAGGGGAGGAGUUGAAACAAAUUAUGUCCAGCAUGUGAGGGAUCUGCAUAUAUGUUCUCAGCAUUCCUUCUGACCGGAGCAAUAUACAGAUCUUCUAUGGGAGGCAGGCUGGUUGCAGUCUUAAGUAUCCAUUGGAGUCUCUACUUGUUCUAUUUCGUUUCUGUACCAAACCAAACAAACAAUUCUAGAAAUACUAAUGACAGACUCAAUAAUUCCUCUGUAAAACUGUAUCAACAGCUCUUGGAGCAGUCUGAACUUCCUGAGUUGACAUGAGAAGAAUAUUCUUUGUUGUGCCUUUUUAAUGAUUGUAAUGAUCACAGGUGGGUUUCUGGGCAGGUUCUGACCAGGUCUGGAGAACCGGUAGCGGAAAUUUUGAGUAGUUCGGAAAACUGGUAAAUACCACCUCUGAUUGUCCAUGCUCCCAUCUAUUCCCUGUCUCCUGAGUCCCAGCUGAUUGGGAGGAAAUGGGGAUUUUUCAGUAACCUUCCCCUGGAGUGGGUUGGGAAUGGAGAUUUUACAGUAUCCUUCCCCUGCCAUGCCCACCAAGCCACACCCACAGAACCAGUAAUAAAAAAAUUUGAAUUCCACCACUGGUAGCAAAAAGACUGAAGAAAUUGUGUUUAAAAUGUGCACAUCUUUUUUCUACCUAGACAUACCAUUAAUGUCUAGAAGUCAUAGGACACAUGAUUGGAUAUGGGACUUCCUUCCUUCCUUCCUCCCUCCCUCCCUCCUCCUCAAGAUUCUACAUGUUUUAUUUCCACCUGGAAAGGUGUUAUGUGACAAAAUGAAGUUUAAAGUAUUUCCAAC